GGGCUGAUGUCAUUUUCAAAACUUAACUACACUCCCAAAUGAACGCGGCGAGUUACUCGCCUCUCAUUUCCCAGUAGUCUUCUCUCGCGUGUGUCGGAGCGCAUUAGAGAAAAGUCCCAGAGGUGAAAUAGACGAAAGAAAGACGCGAACUUCUCUUUUAGAGGCGAAGCAGAAGGCUUUUUAGAGGACUGGAAAAAAGCCCCUCUUUCUGCGGGCAAAGGCGGCUAAACUUUUCCUUUUUUUAUUUUUUUUAUUUCUUUUUGAUUAUUGAACUGCAAUCAAACAAAAUGAAUCGGAGCUUCCAUAGAUCGCAGCCUCUGCGAAACGUUGAUUGUAACGCCGUGGAAGUGAAAAGCAAGUAUGGGGCAGAGUUUCGCCGGUUCUCCGUGGACCGGGUCAAGCCGGGCAAGUUCGAGGAGUUCUACAAACUCAUUCUGCACAUCCACCGCAUCGCUAAUAUGGAGGUGAUGAUCGGUUACGCCGACGUCCAGGGCGACCUGCUGCCGAUUAACAAUGACGAAAACUUCUGCAAGGCGGUGUCAACUGCUCACCCACUGCUCAGGAUUUUCAUACAGAGACAAGAAGAGGUCGACUACGCUAACUUCGGCACCAACACAUUAACUCGUAAGAAGAAGGCGGUGGUCGCGCUGCGCAACAACGACGUCAACCGCAAGCGUCCUCACAUCCACAUUGGCAUGCCGCGGGACUUCCGGCCCGUCUCCUCCAUCAUCGACGUGGACAUCCUGCCAGAAUCGCACCGCCGAGUUCGCCUCUAUCGCCACGGCUCAGACAAGCCCCUCGGCUUUUACAUCCGGGAUGGCACCAGCGUUCGCGUGACGCCGCAUGGCCUGGAGAAGGUCCCGGGUAUCUUCAUAUCCCGGCUGGUGCCCGGAGGGUUGGCGGAGAGCACCGGGCUGCUGGCGGUCAACGAUGAGGUGCUGGAGGUGAACGGCAUUGAGGUGACCGGGAAGUCCUUAGAUCAGGUAACGGAUAUGAUGAUCGCCAACAGCCACAACCUGAUCGUGACCGUGAAGCCGGUGAACCAGCGCAACAAUGUGGUCCGCGGUAGCAGGAUCUCCGGCAGCUCGGGACAGUCUUCCGACAGCAGCGGGUCAACCGGUUACCCAACUCUGUCCGUGGCCUCAGUAGGGGGGACGUUAUCCGGAGCGCACGGUUACCAAGACGACCUGGAGAGCGACGAGGACGCAGAUAUUGUCAUUGAGAGCAGCCUCAAGCGGCCAUCGCAGAGGUCCAAUGCUUCCCUGGCGUCCAGCGUGUCCCGCACGCACCAGCAGACUCCGACGACGGCCUCAGGCCCAGCGGCGCCUCCGAGCCCUCCCACGCGUCCGUCUUCCGUGAUUUCCACCGCCUCCUUCCAUUCGCAGACGAGUCUUAACGGAGGGUCUCACCACCACCACCAACACCACCACCACCAACAACAACACCACCACCACCACCACCAACAGAGCAGCCUUAGCUACCAGCUCCACAGAGACCUGAACCUCCAACACUCCCAGCACAGCCACCACCACGCACAGCCCCCGCAUCACAGCAGCAACCCAGCCCUACGCCAGAGCAACGGAAGUCUGCACAAAAUCCUCAGCUCACUGAAAUCGGACCCACGGCACAGUCUCGCGCUUCCCAGGGGAGGGGUGGAGGAGGAUGGCACCGUCAUCACCCUAUAAUACUUAACAAAAAAAAAAUAAAAAAAUCACAGAGACACAAACAUCCCGGCUGCUCAGAGACUAAAACUGGAACAUCAGGCCAGAUCAGUAUGAGCAUGUGUGCGUUUUGAUACAUACUAAUUGUGUAACACUUACAAGAUGAUUGACAAUAGGAAAUUGCAUACAUGGAAAUUGUAUUGUGUAUAUAUUUCUUGUAUUUUAAGUCCUCUUUGUCUUACGUGGAAAAGAUGUGUAUGUUUGCAAAAAGCAUCAGAACAAAUAACUGUUUUUAGGCACGUCCUCUGCAUCUGAGGAGUUCUGGACGCACCUACAAUCUGAUACAGUUACUUAGUGACCACUUAUAUUAAGAUCGUUUCAAUUCUUAUUACUGGGACCAACUUGGGGUUGCUUAUGGAUGUUUUUUUAAAGAGUAAAUCUAUAUUUCUUAUAUUCUGAUAAAAUGCUGUGUAGAGUAUGUUUUUUUUUUAAUAGGUCUUUUAUGCAUUGAUGAUUGUGAUCAAAUUCUUGUAUCUGUUUCAAUAAAUUAUUCUGUCUUUUACUUAUGCAAACUAGAAA